UUAAUGUAAAACACGUUACUUCCGGAGUAUUAAUAGUUGCUUCCGUAUUUCCUCCUACUGUCGCACCGGGUAGCGCAAUAUUUCUCCGCUCAGUUAUGGACACUACUCCUGCAAAAAAUAUGUUAAUUUGUCAGCCAGCUCACGAAACAGUGAAUUUUGCAAUCGAAACUAUUAAAACAUUCGACCAAAGUGACCUUCGUAUUCGUGAUGGUAUGAUAUUGACGGGUUUCGUACUUUUAAUAAUGGCAACUUUGACCUAUUGGGGUGAUAGAAAAUCCAGAUGUGAGGUUUCACGCGCAAGAAUAUAUGUUGCUCUUUAUGCCUUUUGCACAGCGCUUUUCGCCUUUAUCCGCGCAAUAAUUGAUACAAACAAGGUGCUUUUGAUUGGUGCUGCUACACACAACACUUUCGAAAGGGGUUUAUUUGGAUGCGAUUACUUCAUGCUCUUCAUCUAUGCAUAUAGACUCUACUAUUCAUCUGAUAAUAGUCCUGGUCACGAUAUCUUUAAAUAUGGCUUGUACGCCUCCAUUUGGUACUUUGGGCAAAUCUACACUCUAAUUGGCUUAGGCCUUGGUAUUCACGAAUGGGUUGCACUCGCAUUUGAAUGGAUGUUGAUAUUUAGUACAGUGCCAACAUUUUAUUUCAAUCGCAUUGUUGUCUUGAAAUGGAAAGAAAUGAUUCACAAUGUGGAACACCCUGAAACAAAGGUUUCGCAACUGAUAACCUCAGAUCCGAACGAAGAAGGUAGAAGUGAAAAAGACUCAUUACUUGAUUCCCCCGAAAAAAUUCAACAGGAUGAAGAUCUUUGUGUGAAUAUCUCAAAUUCUCACAAGUACUACAUUCUUGGCAUCUGUCUCGUAUUAUCCUGGAUUACAAUUUUUGGCCCCCUCAUUAUACCUGAAUGUUUGGCUCAACUUGAUGCUGUUAAACCUACUCUUCCAUUAGGCCCAACCAUCCUGUCGUUCCCUGAGAUUCCGUCCACUGCGGUCACUGGUAUGACCAUCAUCAAUACUGCACCCAAUAAUAAAAAAGCAUUACUCGAAGAACUGCAACAAGCAAUUUUUGACCAACCUUAUUACAAUUCGCUUGUAGAGAGCAUGCAAUUGAUCGGACCUUUCCAAGUUGUAAAACCUGGCUUCCUUGUCUCUGGACUAUUGACUAUGGUAUUCCAGUUUACCGUUAAUUGUCCAAUUGAUUAUGUUUGGCCUAAGAUCAGCAACUUCUCUGAUUCGACUUUCGUGUUGGGCGUAAAAAAAACAAACUUGGAGGCUCCUGACGUCAAAGUGAUGGUCCUCGAAAACGAUCAUUUAGUCAAGAUGAGAUUAUUAAAGAUGGAUAAUGACAACCACCAAUGGAUUCAGCAAAUGGUCUCUGGAUUACCCUUCAAGGCAUACACUGUCACGGUUACCUUGACUCCUGGAAAGACGGGUCUUCAGAAUAUGACCUUGUCGCAUUAUUUAGCAGAAUUUAUAAGUUCAGAUGAAAUGAGCAACAUCGAAGCUAGGAACUUCUUGUAG